CCCUCUCUACUAGCGUGUUGUACUCUCGCUGUAACGGAAAGAGGCUGAAAUAGCUUUGGUCCCUGUGAAGGCAUUAACUAGAACGUUUGAAUUUGUACGUUUUGGGAUAAGGAAAUAUUGACAAUGAGCGGGCUGUUAGGCGCAGUCAGUAAACAGCUCAAACACCACCCUGCAUUGAUCCCUCUCUUCAUCUUCAUUGGUGGUGGAGCAACAAUGUCCAUGAUGUACCUGGCACGUCUUGCCCUGCGCAGUCCUGACGUCUCGUGGGAUCGCAAGAACAACCCUGAGCCAUGGAGCAGAUUGGGCCCCAAUGACCGGUACAAGAUGUUUGCUGUGAACAUGGACUACGACAAGCUGAAGAAGGACAGGCCCGACUACUAGAGCCACCUCUCUGCUCAGGCACCAAUGAGUCAUGGCACUGGGGAAGCCAUUCCACACAGUUAACAGAAAAUUAUGAAUGAAACCACUGAACAAAAUAUCAGAAGCAAACCGCACAGUUGAAUCUCCUCCUAUUUUAGAUUGUAAUGGAAGAUAAUCUGUACCUGAUCGGUUAUCACUUGUCACUUUUAAUUAUUUAUGGUUGUCUGCAAAAAUCAAAUAAAGCAGGCAACCACCAGUACCAAAAUGUGGAUGUUGUUUUUUUUUUUUGUUGUGUAAUGAUUAUUGCCAUUUAAUGGCAACUGAAACUUUUAAUUUGUUGUAAAUAUUGUUCACCUAAUCCGAUAAAGCUGUUUAACUGUGUAA